AUGGUGGAGGAUGUUCCAACCGAGGAUGCUCCUGAAGGACGAUGUGAUCGCCGAAGGUAUCUAGAUCCCGGGACACCAGGACGGUCUGGUCCUUAUAGAUUGCAUGGGUUUCUCGGGAGAAGCAGAGACACUCGUCUCAUAGGUGGUCUAUCGUGUGGAUCAUCUUGCACACAGAGCAAACUGAUCUGA